AUCCGCUAUACUGGGCCAUGCUAAGGCACUGUGGGUGGUCUGUCGUUCGUCUGCCGUGUGUGUGUCUCGCCUGCUAUUUUGUUUUUUUUUUGCCUGAGCAAAUCUCUCCUUUGCCCAGAUCCCUUGCCGUCUUAUUUUAAUCCUUUUCUUCUUUCCUUCUUAAUCAUCUCCAUUGGCUGGUGAUCUUUCUCUUCAUCUUUUUCUACUCUGUCGACUACAUCUUUUCCUUUCUCUUAUUUUAUUUCUUCGCCCCGGCUAAUUCAAAAUCAUCCUGCCUUGCUGCGCCCCUCGCAUCAGCAUCAUCACCAUCAUCGUUUAGCUUCUAGUCCAGGCACGCGUCGCCACCGAGGCCGCCCGAUAGAACGACAGGGACCGAACCAAAAAAUACAAAGAUACAAAAUUAAGCUGGAUAAUUUCUCGAUUAUCUGCUUCUGACUGUAUUGCCCUCUCGACUGUCCAAUUCCACAACUCUCGGCAUCGCAGAUCGCGUCUUGGCCUCCUUUUUUUGUUUGGUUCUCGACGUCUUGGCCUCUCGAUUUGCCAAGCACUGAUAUUCAGGCACGACCGAUUCGAGAUAUUCACACAGAGAAACUUCUAUUGCAUUUGAGCAAUUGGAGAAUCUGAUACAACCUUUGCUUUUUGCUGCUACAUUCCGUGUUGCAGUCACGAUGCCAACCUAUAAUCACUACAACGUGAAGCGUCUGGCGCACUCCGUCAGCCGCUCCUCUGCCGACCAAACAUGGAAUCCGUUCCGUCACGUAUCCUGGAAUAGAAAGCCGUCCAACCGAGCCGACACUUGGGAUGUUAGCAAUGCGGAGGAGGGCCGAGGAGAGGGGGCCCGUCUGCGACAGUUUGCAACAGCUCCCAAUGCCAACAGCGGUCGCAUUCCCACAGAGGCUUCCGCAUCGGAAACCAUUCGAAACUCCAACAACGAAACCGAAGAAGCCUCCAGUCCUGCUGGCAACACGGACACAACGACUCGCACCAUCCCUGCCACUGACGCAGACGGUGUUCGCCAGCGCAAGGCUGGUGAUGCUUCCAAGGAUGAGCUGCCCGCUCCCGAAGAGGAUGAUUCGAAAGAAAAAGGCAAGAAAGACGGUCUUAUUCGCCACGUCAAGCCCAAGAUGCCUUUUACAAUAGCAAACCAGCUGCAGCGCACCUUUUUAAACUCUUGGAUCAACAUUCUUAUUUUGGCUGCCCCAGUCGGCAUUGCUCUUAACUACGUUAAAGAGCACAACCCCGCCAUCAAGCCAUGGGUCGUUUUCCUGGUCAACUUCAUUGCCAUUGUCCCCCUUGCUGCCAUGCUCAGCUUUGCUACGGAAGAAAUUGCUCUGCGAACCGGUGAGGUGAUUGGCGGCCUGCUCAAUGCCACCUUUGGUAACGCCGUCGAGCUCAUCAUUGCCAUCAUUGCCCUUAGCAACAAAGAAGUCCAGAUUGUGCAAACGUCUCUGAUCGGUUCCAUCUUGUCCAACCUGCUUCUUGUUCUUGGCUUUUGCUUCUUCUUUGGUGGCUUGCGCCGCACCGAGCAGUACUUCAACACUACCGUUGCCCAAACUGCCGCAUCUCUGCUCGCCGUUGCUGUGGGAUCUGUUAUUGUGCCCUCCGUAUUUGACAUUGUCGUCAAUGGCAAAGGACCUACUCCUCUUCCCCAGCAGGUCGACAUUGCUAAGAUCUCCCGCGGAACUUCUGUUAUUUUGCUGCUAGUCUACGCCGCCUAUCUCUUUUUCCAGCUCAAGACGCAUACAGACGUCUUCAACGAGGAGUCCCAAAAGGUGCCUGCUAAGCCCUGGUCUAUGGGUCCCCUCUCGCGCGACAAGGAGGAAGGAUUUAGCAUGAGCCAAGGACUCGCUCUCCCAGGCUCCAUGGUCAGCCACGGUAUGGCCAACCAUAAAGAUGAAGAGCGCGUAUCUGGCAUGGUCAUGAACGCUGGCGAUGCUAAGCUCCGCGAUGAUGAAGAAGACGAAGAAGAAGAGCCUCAGCUUCACUUCUUCGUUGCUCUUGCUACCCUUGCUAUUUCCACCGUCAUUAUUGCCCUCUGUGCCGAAGCGAUGGUUGGCUCUAUUGAUGAACUCACCAAGGAGAGCGGCAUGUCGAAAGAAUUUGUUGGGUUGAUUCUUCUACCCAUCGUUGGUAACGCUGCUGAACACGCUACCGCCGUCACUGUUGCCAUGAAGGACAAGAUGGAUCUCGCCAUUGGCGUUGCCGUCGGCUCGAGUAUGCAGGUUUCCCUCUUCCUCAUCCCCUUGCUUGUCAUCAUCGGCUGGGGCAUGAACCAGCCGUACAUGGAUCUCAGCUUCGAUAUGUUCCAAGUUGCCGUCCUCUUUGUCGCCGUGCUACUCGUCAACUACCUGAUUGGCGAUGGCAAGAGUCACUGGCUGGAAGGCUAUCUGCUGAUUUGCCUGUAUGCUAUCAUUGCCGUCUGUACCUUCUGGUACCCUCCCCCUCCUGAUGGCGAUCCUAGCGCCCCGGUUUCAUAAACCUCUCUACCAUCUCGUGUAAAUAGCUUGUUCUCAUGAUUCCCUCUAAUCGUUUUAACCUCUCACUCCCCCGACGUUUCUUUUUCUACUUCAGACAGGCACCGAAGCCAAGUCCUCAAUACUCCUUCUAUUCUUUUUUUAUACGCCAGCUGGCGCGCACAGAUCAUAUUGGCUUUGACGCGACAUUUCUUGUACAAAAAUUCACAAGCUUCUUUCAUUCAAAACUACAAACAAUAACAAAAAAAGGAAGCUACAACAUCUACCAGUGGGAAGAGGCGUGAAGAGCGCCAAUUCUCAGGACCGUUGCAUUUUAAGAUACCAGACUUAUGGAGGAAAGUUUAUGGACUAGGAUAAAAUAAUCAGAAAGACGUUUCUUACAACAUAAAUCGCUCAAUUGCUACAUUAUACGUGAAACUAAAUGAUAAUUAUACAAACACCGCCUGCUUAGUGUAUUUCACGAGGCGUCCUUGCGGCUGGUGGCGGGGGUACUUUUGGAGCCGAGCCCCAAUCCGUCGUACUGAACACUGCCUCGUCGCAAAAAGGACAUGGGGCUACCAGUCUUGACGGCACUCGACAUGGCUGCUCCGGGCGCAGCACUUAGCGCCUCCUGUCCCAAGACACCCGGGCCUAAGCCUAGUGCUGGGAUGUGGGCGUCGAGAUCUGUUUCGAGCGAGAGAGGCGGCGGUAUACUCGAUGCGGUUUGCGGAGUGCCUGGGAUAUGCUCGUCUCUCUCAAGAAGAUGCUUAUAGAAGGCCUCGAGGGUUUCGGCAUCUGCGCAGAAGGACUCUAGAGCAUCCUUUACAGCCUCGGCCUCUUUGAAGUUGAUGUUGACGGGCGCAAUGCUACCGGUUCGGGGCGGAGCUGCGUGCGUGGUGGUGGUUGAAUCGGCCGCAGAGAAGGCGGGCGAGAGGUGGCUUGUGCUGAUGGUGGUAGUGGGCUUAACGGCAGGCGACGACAUGGGCGACGUGGAGUCUGUAUUGGCCAUAGCCAUUGCCAUGGACAUCAUGCGGCCGGAGCGGGCUGUGUUUUGGAACUCUGAGGGCAUGGGGGUGUUUUGUGUGCGCAGGUCGCGGGCAACAACGCUGCGCUUGCUAUACAGGCGGUUGGCCAGUAGCAGAAAGGUGCCUUCAUCGGUGAUUUGGGUGAUGAUGAGACCGGACCGGUGGAUGUACUGCGUGUAGCGGUAGUCGGGCUGGCCCCAGGAGAAGUGAACGUCGACGUUGCUGGGGAAGUUGGUGGCUGCUUCGGUAUCGAGCACAAAGUCAAAGUGCUUUAGGAUGGCGACUUGGUAGAAGUGCUUGAUGCGGACGUCCUGCGGGCCAAACGAAUUGGGGCCGAGGUAUGUCUUGGGCUGUUCGUCGGGAGGGCGAGCUGCAAGGACGAUCUUGUACGGAUUGCGAAAGGGGUUAUCUUCCGUAAUCCUACAGGCUUCCUUGAUGGGCAGCUCGACCAGGCGCAGACCAUACGAGCUGGCCUCACGCUCCCAGAGCUCGACAGCGUCAGCUACUAGUUUGGAUGUCGUGUUCAUCCAGUCAACCCGGAUGUGGAAGCAGUUGUCAGGGUUGUGGAGGCGAUCAUAGUGCAGAUCGACACGCUCUGGCCGGUAGGAUCGCUUUCGUGGGUCCACGUCAUACUUGAUCACCUUGCUCAGCGUCACGCGAGGACGCUUCUUGCGCGCAGAGCCUGCUGCUCCCGUUGCUGGGAGAGAUGGUGACUCUGUAGCACCUGUGCGCGGUUGCGCUGCGCGUGGAGAAUCUCGAGAUUCGUGAAGCGGUGUUGCCGAUAGCGCCUCUUUGCGUCUUGUACUAAACCAUCCGUGUUGUGAUUUGGAGUAUUCGCUGCAGAAUUGAUAGUAAUAGUUUCCAUCUCGGAAUCGGUGUCUCUUUUCCACGUGGAUGAAAAGUCCCUUAGGCUUCUCAGGUCGAGAUUCAGAGUGCUCUUUAUCCUUUUCUUUGUCCCCUUCUCUGUCCUUAUCCUUGUCGCGCUGCCUCUCUUCAUGGACCAUAAGCGCAUUGCCAAACAUUUCAGCAUCUUCACGAGUAUCCAGAUCUUCGAAAUUGUCCAUUAUCCAAGAUGUCAUAUCGGAUCCGAUGAAACUGUUGUAAUGGGUGCGCAGAUGCCAACGGCGGUUGCGUAGAGGAACGCCGCCAUUUUCCACCGGUUGUUGCAUGGCCUCUGCCAACGCAGCCAGGUUCAGAUUGGAUUUGCGGAAAAGGUCUUUUCUACUAAUAAGGUGUCCCUUCCGCUGAAUACCAUCGAGACCUUCUGUAGUUGGGAGCGUCUCCAACUCGGCCGCAACAACAACAGAGGGAUCGUCUGUUUUAUAGACAAUGUCUAGUGGAUUGUGAUCCAUUUGACGGCGACGAGCCUUGGACUGAUAUUGCUUCUCAGAGGCAGGUACGUACCGAUGCUUCUUCCAUAGUUGAGCAAGCUUCUUGAUACCUUCAAUUCGAACUUCUUCUGGGUUGUCAUCGACAUGCGGACGAUGAGAUGAGGCGUGACGCAUACUCAUCGGGAUAAGGACAUAUCGGGUGCGCCAGAAACGCAAGCUGUCAGUCAUCUCAUCAUGAUGGCCAGCUAGGUAAGAAUCAAUCAUGUUCCAGUUUCGCUCCGGUUUUGGAGUAAGGAUGUUGAUUGGGCGGGUUUGGUAGCUCCUCUCUAGCAGCGUGCGAAUGGCUGGUCUAUAGACCGCGUGGAAGGUGUUUGGCGUUUCGAACUCGUGGGGUUUGCGUACGUAGAUAUUCACUUCCACUUCCGUUCCAUUGAUACAAGAAAGCUGGUGGAUAGUGUUUCCAACCGACAGGAAUACACUUGUUCCGUCUUCUAGCGCUUGGUCGCCAGCAAAGAUGUCGGCAAUUUUGAUGACUUUUUGGCCAAAGGCCUUGGCAACCGCUGGCCCAACAAUGACUUGAAAGCCCUGAGAUAGACGCACAUUUAUUAACUCCUUCAUAAACUCAUUUCGUGAUUUUGACUCGUCUAAAGUGUCAUCAUCACCGUUUUCGUCGAUAUUAUACGGAUGUCGCUGGUAUUCCGCAUCGAAUUGAGCCUUUGAUGGAAAGUAUUCGGUUGUUAGAGGUACAGCAGCUGGGCAACACAACGUUUUCCAUUUCUGAACCUUCAUAUUUGUUAUAUGUGGGAACACGUGCUGCCAUCGACUGUACAACAAAGUAUCGUCGAUAUGCUGCGCAUUCGGGUUAGAAGGAUUGUAUAAUUGUAACCAUGGCAAAGCGGCUGCCUUUGGGGACAACACAGAGGGCAAUUCCGGUCCCAAUCCAGGCAUCACGCCUGCACGAAGCUUAUUGGUAUACAUCUUCUGCAUAUCUUCGCUUCGUAGGGCAGUAGAGUAGCGAACUUCCUUCUCUUCUUGCGGCUUAUCUGGCAAAAACUUUUGUAUUAAUUGCGACUCCCCUGCCGGUUUGCCUUGGCGACUGCUCGAUGAUCCUGGUCUGUCAUCUCUUGUGAUAAUAGGUAUGCUUGGCGUUGCUGGUAUCGUCUCAAGGUUUGGUUCGCUAGGUUCUGGCUUUGGUUUGCGGAUAGACAGCAUUGACGAGGAGCUUCUUAUGCUUCGUGGAGUGGAAGGACGGAAAUCCGCUAGCGAGAGAGGAUUAGACGGUGGCCUGAUUUCCGGAAUUGCGACGGCAGCAUUAACAGUUUCGGCUUUGACCUCGGCGGCAACUGCUUUUGGAGCCGCAAUGCCAAAGCCGCGUUGACCCAGGCUAAUAUGGCGCAUCAUCUUUGGAGGCUUAAACAUCGUAGGUGCCUUCAACGCCAAAUCCGACGUCUUCUUGACUUGAAGAGCUGAUGACUGACCAUUAUCUGCCAUUGACAUAGAUAACUUGCGAGCUGACGCCAUGCCAGCAGACACAUCCUUGCGUUCUGGGAAGGAUGUUCCCAGAACCGCAAUGUCAUCAUGUCUCCUUCGUCGGGAUGCUUCAUCGGCGUCGCUAAGAGUUUUGUUAUGGUGUCGAUGUCUUCUUGUUCUUGUUAGAAUGCGGGCUCUGGAAUCAUCCAUCUCUUGCAACUGCUUCCAGAUAGAGAUGUCGCCAGAUCGACCCAUUUUCUCUGGCGCGAAUCUUGAAAAGCCGUAGACAUGAUUCACCAUCGUCUCCGGGGCAUGUCGGAAUGGUACAUAGACCUCCUCAUCAUUAGUAUGGCGUUUAGCCGUUAUUAAUGAAGUUGCAGGAAAAUUGUAUUCUGAGCGGAUUGGGGCUGUUUCAAUCUCAUUGGUGUCCAGAACGCUCUGCAUUUGAAGCUCGUACAUGCGACAUCGCAGAGUAAAGUGCUCGUCUUCAACAUCUUGAACCUGAUUUGAGACCGACAGUGCAAUGCCUUCGUAGGAAAGCGCCUCAUCGGACAUACCAGUCCAAAAUGCAACAUGAAGCCAUUGCGGGAGAGCGUAGCACCACUCAUCCGAAUGCCUCAAGAUCAUCGACUCCACGUGUCGGCUCAUCUGACCCGAUUUGGAGGGCGAGAAGGAGUCAGUAAAUGACUGAUAACUUCCGAUAAUUGGCGUAGGCUGGCUGUUAGGGCUGUCGCGGCUAGUGUAUGAUUUGGACAGAGCGUCAUGCCCCUUGUCACGGGAGGCGUCGUUGAAGUGAGGAUUUCGGUAUUUGAAAAGAGGGACAGAAUGGAGAGGCAUGCGUGGCAUACAUAUCAAAUCUAUGCCUAUACCGUUACCCACGAGCGCUUCACUUGUUCUGCGGAACGUUUCGUAGUCGACCUCAAAAACACCGGAACCUGGUGUGAUGAUAGCUAUUGAGACACCUGUUCUCGUCAAGUCUCGAUCAAUGUAAUCAUGGGCAAACAACGAAGAAGCUAGAUGGAAUGCCUCUAGAAUGUUGCCAUGUAUGGAUAGAGAUGAUUCGGCUGUGAUGUGGCUGAGCGCUUCCUGAUUGUCGCUGUCCAUAUUGGAUCCUUGAUACGUUUGAUGGUGGAGACUGAUGUCGCGACGGAAGUAGUUGAGUUCUCGCUUCAACUGGUAAAGGAUUUUAGUCCAUUCCCCACUGGCCAUUUCGCUCACAACAACUCUGUAAAAGUCCUUGUAUGGGCGUCUGUUACCGUGGGUUUGGAAUCCCGUAUAAUAAUCAUUUAACAGCCCAUGAUUUGCGAGAUCGGUAGUCAGUCCAGUGUCGUAUUCCACGCGGGCAAAUAAGACGAUGCUGACGAGAUGUUUAGCUUUGAGCAAUUCCCAUCGCUUGAACAAAGAAGGCAAGAAUCCAUUGACCACUUUGUUAAACAUGAUCUCUCCCGAGCCCUCUGUGUCAAAGUCCCACAUCUCUUUGGACAUUUGUAUGAAAAGCACAUAUCGGGCGGAUUCACUGCGAAAAAUGGGUCGAGUGUCGCGAGCAAAGACGGCCGAGUGCACACUCUGUUCAUUUGCAAACACAGUGUUGACUUGGGCUUUGAUGGUGCCCAUAAAGAGGAUCGUUUGGCCUUUGUAAAUGGUUCGGUUGGUGAGCUCGCUGACAGUUAGACGCCACAUGUCUGCGCGGGAUAUGUAUUGCUCCUUGAAUGAAAGCUCUACAUAAGAAGCUUCUAGCGCAGGAUUAUCAUCAUCGACCUGGGUAUAUUAGCUUGAAUGAUAUUGGUACAGGCGUGGGCAACAUACCGGCGCCAAUAGCACCUGGCUUCCUCGUUUUAUUCCAAAUGCAUCGGCAAUCUGUUUUGCGAUGCAAAUCUCAACAUCCGGGUUGCGCAGCUUCGUAUCUCGGGCCAUGUCCUUUGCUGCAAAUAUGUAUCGAUGGCCGAGCGCCUUGGCGUCCCUGGCAGCGGAACCUCGCCCGUGGUCGGCUCCAUCUUGAUCGAGUUUCGAACUGGAUCCUUUGCCGGUUGUAUUCUUGCCUCCCUCAUUCUUGACAACGCAUAUUCCGAAUUGUGCCCCAGGUUUAAACUCUGGGCCAAGAAGAUCAAAGUUGAGGGCCAGUUCGUCUUUCCAGUGCAUUUCCAUCACGGAGACGGAACAUAUUCGCUCCAUCUUGCGGGGAGGAAGCUCUCUGACAGUCGAACGAGUGGAAUCACUUGCAAUAGACGCUGGCGAUGCUGUCGAUGCCCGAUCUAUGCUUGGCGUGCUGGCAUCACGAAGAUGAGACCGUCCCAGGCCACGGCGCACGCCUCCGGGCGCAACGCUGCGAUGCAUUGGGAAGGCCGGGGCGAUGCUGAAAUGGUUUACUGAGCCGGCAUAGGAUUAAUAAGGUAGAUUGUCAUUGCAGCCUGAUGCAAUAUGGUUGGGAUCUUCAAUGGCGG